GACGCAACAAUAUCAGCAUGCUCCCCUAGUAAACAAUAGUCAUGGGAUAGCCCGAUCCCUUAAAACAGGGCAUCGUCUCUUGAUUUACUCCGACCUUUUCCAACAUCAUCACACAUGCAUUCAUCACCCGUAACUUCAUCACGUCCAUUCGCACCAAGACCUUUCCCUCCUCCGUCCCUCACUGAUGUCCCUCAUGAAUAUAUAGUCGACCAGCUGAGGAGUCUCGCAACCGCAGAUUGUACCAUAAUCGUACCGGUUCCGCAUCAUCGACCACGUCUAGCACAUGAUUCCCCAGUCACUUCGUCAGACUCUUCACCAGAGUCCUCACCAAGGAUUCAGGUGGACACUGGAAGACGGGGAUCAGAACCUACUAUCCAUGCUGUGCCUCGAAUAAAAUUAAGAUUGCAUAUGGACUACCUCUCUUCGCAUUCGACGUUACUACGAGGUCUCUUCAGCGGUGCAUCACCCAAUGAUCUCAUUCACACUAGCACCACUCAACCCCGACAUUCUUCCCUGCAUGUCCCAGAAAGCCGUCUUCCUUGUCUUCUCCCUUCUCUGCCGUCACACCCCACUCUCUUUCUCCCGGUGCCUGAUCCAUCUUCCAUACAUCUCAUUUUUCACUGGAUGUACUUUGGGCAGACAGCACUCAUGGAAGACUGUCUAAAUCGGGGUGUCGUCCACUGGGAGGGGAUUGCGCGCAAUGUGGAGUACUUGGGACUUCCCACAGACAUCAAAGUGUUCCUGGGACGGUGGUACAGGAAUUGGCUUCUUCCGGCACACAGCCGCCCCGGCUGUGAACCCCGUCCGCCCACAGAUGAUGACGAUUCUGACAUUGAGCUGGAACUCGAUGAUGAUGAUGAUGACGAUGACGAUGAGACAGAUGACGAUGAUUUCUCAAUGGUUAGCUCAUACACGGAGGAUGUAGAUGCUAUCGCAGAGUUCGAACGAGGCCGCACACGGGCAAUUCGCCCUUGAUUCACUGUAUUUCAUAAUGGUUUGUUGCUCAUGGCAAUGUUCUUUGGUCUAUCUUUAUUCAUUCUGAUCUGUUUACCGCAUCCCCAUUAUGCAUGAUACCCCCAUUUUUUUGACUAAGUUUGAGAAUUUCACUGCGUGGCGCCCCGCACCGGCGCUAUCCUAAAGUAUUUUGCGCCACGGCACAGCAGUUACGUUCGCAUCCGCAGUGCUGAUUAUGACAUAGUACAUUUAAUUGUGUCAGGAUGUGUGU